AUGGACAGCCAGGAGGAUAGCAUCGAUUUUGUGAAAUUGAGACGCGACGCGUUGGGGCUAGUAUGUACCGACCCUGCAGCGUUCUUCGCCCUCAUUGGACUAAUCCUCCAAACCCCCCAGCACUCUCCAUCUCAGCUGUGUCACUCAAGUUUUGCAGAUACUGGCCACGGUCCAAGGAACAAGCUCAGUUACACAUACCAAGUGAACAGCAUCUCUGGCAAAAUUUCCCGCCAACCUCAACCCCCGAAAACGCCAUCCGACCCCGCAAGAUUUUCUACCAGAGACCAACAUACCCCGACUCGAUUUCGGCAGAAUGAACUACAGCCAAUGACUUUCCAAAGGAGCGAUGCCGGGCCAGAGGCCGUACCGGGAUCGCAAUUCGAAACCACGGACUUAGGCGAUAGUGCUCCCGGGGACACCCAAGUUGUAUCGCAGUCAGUGUACGACAGCCUGAUCCGACAAAAUGAGGAGUCUAUGCGCCAUGAUUACACAGAAACAGGGGCUGAUGGAGCAACAUUGAGGACCUUGCAUGAGGGUGAUAGCGGGCAUAUCGAUCUCUUCGCCGAAUUGGACACCGCACGCCACGGGAUCGAACUCACUCAGUAUGGCGACGAACACGAUAACGCCAGUAAUUCUGAUCCGGAGGAAUCUUCGCCGAUGGCCUUCGCCCCUGAUCUCUUUCCCGAAUCACAACGCUUCCUUGUCGAAACUCCAGCAACGGAUGUGAAAAGGGCCGAUACAAACGGCGUGGCCGCCGAGACCCCGAGCAUCUCACGGAACCCGCUUGCUGGGGAUAUUGAGUCAAGCGGUGGCCUUUUGGGUCUGAGCCAGGUCUUUCGGGCCACCCAGGCCCCAUCAUCUCCUCUUGUCAACCUGCAAUCGGAACUUGUAUCGGACCGUCCAUCGCCGAAUCUUCCAAUUCAGCAUACCCGGGUCACUCACGGUAUCUCCUCGCCGUUGAUGGGUGUGCAAAACAACUUCAUGAGAGAAUCAUCGGAACCGAACCUGAACUACAUUUCGAUGAAGGAGUCACAGACCAAGCGUGAUAGGACGUUAGGAGAGAGGCUGACUCGAUCGGCGGACAAUAUCCAAUCAGACCAGAGUGACAAAGAGUUCUACAAGGAAUCAAGUUUUGUCGAACGUGCCCGGCGGCAACGGGAGAUUGAUGAAGAAGCAGCCGCCCAGUUCGCUGGUUUGAGAGCCCCUGCCAGAUCGACAUCCAACCUUUCGGCCAGGCCAACUUCUCGUCAACACUCGCCACAAGACGUCGAAAUGGUGGAUCCAGUUGCCAGCGAGGAAGAAACCGAGCAAGAAGAAGAUAGUGUUGUACAAGUUCCUCAAUCACAAGAGCCUCCUCCAUCUUCGACGGAAGAGAACAAGGAGAACUAUGAUGGUCCUCCGAUAGAUGCUGCGGCUGCGGCCAGUGCCCAUGAACGAUUAUCUCAGGCCCUUGGCUUCGAGGCUAUCGAACCACCCUCGGCUGCCUGCUUAGCCGCAGAACCAGUAGACGACAUCCAUCGUCCAUGCUCUUUCCGUUCUCAAACGGAACCACACUUUCGUUCUUCUCAAAUGCAAGUGAAGGAUUCUCAACCCUCACCUCAACCAACGCCUCAGCCCUCGCCGAUAAGCGUCUACGACGAACCUAUUCGGAUCAACUUGAAUCAAUCUCCAUCGCGCUCUCAUGUGAAUUCACCUUUGUUACAACGUCUUCAAUCCUCUCCCCCUUGCUCUCGAUCCGAUCAACGAUCAAGACCUUCAAGUCGCCACAGUCAGCAAGCCGGCAUCGUCCCAAACAACCAGGGCAUGAGUCCUAGAAAAAGCAGAUUAUUCUAUGGCAGUGAAAAUGCACAAUCCGGUGCCCCGAAUGAGCAACAGAACACAAGUUUAUCUCAAUCCAAGGACCAGGAAACUGGUGUCAACUCGUCAUUACAAUCCCAUGUGACUGAAACACCUGUUCAUCAACGCCUCAAGCAUGUUGGCGACAUGGCUCGAUUGACAAGCAUCCCUGAAACAAGCCCUAGUAACACCCAUUGCCAUUCUGAGGCUGGAUCCACUGGCGAUGGACUAAAUAAUGAAGAUGACGAUCUUCCACCAAUGUUCAAUGGAAUUUCCAAUAACAGAAGCAGUCAGAUUCGUCCAGCUGGGGUUAGAGCACUCUCUUCACCACUCAAAAAGCUGCUUUCGAGUCCAGGCGGCGGACAACGCAGAGCCUUGACUGAAAUUGCGGCAGAUCUCUCACCGCAAGUUGGAAUUGGGGGAUUUGAUAUGGCUGGUCUCUUCACGAACGACGACAAAGAGUUCAGAGCACUCGUUGAAGGAUCCCCAACCCGGCCCAAAAAAAGGCGCCGUGGCAAUGAAGGUCAAAGUUAUAUCGCCUCCGACCCCAUCAUACCUUUCACUCCUCGUGCGCAGCCUCCUAAAUCAGUCACACCUCUUCGCGCAUUAAACCACCGACCACUGCCUAUUCCAGAAGAGCCGGAGCAUGUAUCUCAGGUACAAGUGCCUGCAACAGAUGUCCGGAGACAGUCGAAGCCCCCACGGCGAGUUCCCGAAAAUGUAUGGGAAGUCGAGAACUCCCCUGAGCAGCCCUUCCGCCGACGGUCGAGGAUAGGCCAACGACUUGGUCAGCGGGCUAUGUCACGAUCACUGCGUGAAUCGAAAAGCCCAGAAAAGAGCACUGGGAAGCCUGAAACAUCCGCAAUUACGCAUCAGGGUGUCGUUCAAAAUGCACCACCUCCUUCAUCCUUAGAUAACAGGAUCGACUCGGACGAUCUUGCAUUGUCAGAAUCAACAUCGACAAUAGCCUCCCCUACUACACCACGGCCAUCUCAACCACUGUCAGACAACCUGCAUAUUGCUCCAAGUCAAGUUAUUGCCGUGUGGAGAGGCCAGCAACUUGCAUACUUCCCUGCAACAUGCUUCGGAACACCCCUAGGGGUCCCACAAAGUCAUUAUUCGGUCAAAUUUGAGGAUAGUUUCCCCGUUGAAGUGCCUAAAGUUACCGUGAAACGGUUUGAGCUGCGUGUCGGAGAUGAGGUCAAAGUCGACAUGCCUAAUGUUCCUAAAGUGACCCACGUUGUCCGCGGGCUCGAUGACAAGCUUACAAAAGAAGAACUUUCUAAAGCUGUGGACGAUGGCCUUCAUCCCAUAACAGAUAUUCAUGGCCAUGCUACUGUUGUCCUUGGCCCCAAGCAGCGUAAGAGCCUGCCAAAUGGUGGACUAGGCGGCACUGGAAAUAUUAUCAAGGUUCCAAUUGGCCGCAUUUAUCUUGAUACUAUGCUCUGGAAAAAACUGAAAGACCGAGAGUUCACUCAUCGUCUCGAGUCUAUUCGGCAAGAAAGCAAGGCCGAAACGCCAUCUGAACCAGCGUCUUUGCCUGCAUCUCCGAUUGCCCGUUUCUCUCGUAGCAUUCGCCAGGUCAGCGGGAUAUUUGCGGGAAUGGCAUUCGCGGUAUCUUAUAAGGAUGAUGAAGCGUCCAAGAACCGCGUCACGAAGUUAAUUGAAGAAAACGGUGGUACAUUGCUACACGAAGGAUUUACUCAAUUGUUUGAAGCAUCCUCGAUUAUUCCAAAUGAUACCCCUACAAAAGGCCCGGUCAAUAAUGACGCAGAAAAUCAAGGCUUACGUCUUACAGCCCUAGCUGAGGAUGUCGGCUUUGCUUGUUUGAUUGCCGACACACAUUCCCGCCGCGAGAAAUACAUGCAGGCACUUGCAUUGAAUCUGCCCUGUCUUUCAGGACGCUGGGUAGAAGAUUGCAUCGCACAAGGUCGCGCCAUCGACUGGGAUAUCUACCUUCUACCCUCCGGAGACUCAACCUACCUCAAUGGAGCAACAAAAUCCAGAGUCAUGCUUCCCACUCCCCCAUCCACAGCCCGCCUCUCCGACACUAUAUCAGCUCGACCCAAACUCCUCAAAGGACAAUCAGUCCUUUUGGUAAUGGGCCGCGGAAAAGCAGAAGAAAAGCGAAAAGCCUACAUCUUCCUCACAUACGCUCUAGGAGCUUCGCGCGUUGAGCGAGUUCCUGAUCUCGGAACAGCCAGAGCCUUGAUUGACUCGCAAUCUGAUGCCAGCGUACCAUCCAGCUGGGACUGGAUCUACGUUGACGAUGCGGAUCAACGUGCUGCACGGUGGAUGCUUGAGUCGAAAACUCAAAAGAUUCAUUUGACUCAUGGAAGGAAGCGCAAGAAGUCUACGGUGACUAUCCCUUCCACUCCUGCUCCGAGUCAGCAACAGUCUAUUCCCAAGGUUGUUGGUAAUGAAUUUGUCUGUCAGAGCUUGAUUCUUGGUCGAUUGUUUGCCGAGUGA